AGGGAAACGCGAUGGGGUAACAGGCAGGAGAGCCCGGAUUCCUGGCAAGUUAAGACCCCAGAAUCGGCAGCUUGUCUGGUAAUUCCAGAACCAUGAGGACGCGUGCCUCCGUUAUAUUCGCAGCCUGCUGUCAGUUGCUAAGCGCAUUUACCAUCACGGCUCCCAAGGACCUGUACGUGGUAGAGUAUGGCAGCAAUAUCACGAUGGAAUGCAGAUUCCCAGUGGAACACGAACUGGACUUGCAUGAGUUAAUUGUCUACUGGGAAAAGGAAGACAAGCAAGUGAUUCAGUUUGUGAAAGGAGAGACGGACCUGAAGCUUCAGCACGGCAGCUUCAGGGACAGAGCCUGGUUGCCAACGGACCAGCUCUUAAAGGGAAACGCCGCGCUUCAGAUCACCGACGUGAAGCUGCAGGACGCAGGGGUUUACUGCUGCCUGAUCAGCUAUGGCGGCGCGGACUACAAGCGGAUCACUUUGAAAGUCAAUGCCCCAUACCGCAAAAUCAACCAGAGAAUUUCCACCGAUCCAGCCACUUCUGAGCAUGAACUGACCUGCCAGGCUGAGGGUUAUCCAGAGGCUGAAGUCAUCUGGACGAACAGCGACCACCAGUCUCUGAGUGGCAAGACUACUGUCACCUCCUCCCAGACCGAGGAAAAGCUUUUUAAUGUGACCAGCACUCUGAAGGUCAACGCGACAGCUAAUGAUGUGUUCUACUGUUCAUUUUUGAGAUUACAGUCAGGGGAAAACCACACGGCUCAGUUGAUCAUCCCGGAGCCACCUGCAGUAUUUCUCCCAAAUAAGAGGACUCAUUGGGCUCUUCUGGGAUCCUUCCUAUUGUUCUUUGCGGUAGCAUCCAUAGUCCUCGUCUGCUUGAGAAAACAAGUGAGAAUGCUAGACGUGGAGAAAUGCAGCGCCGCAGAUACAAACUCGAAAAAACAAAACGACACACAGUUCGAGGAGACGUAAGCAGCGCCGAGUCCUCUGAUUGUCAAGGCGGGAUUUUGGCAGCUGGUGGUCUGUGAGUGAAGGGGCCCACGGCAUGUGUGUCCAAGGACUCAAAAUGGAACCUGGGAAGAGAAGAGAACAAAGAGAGAAGGUGCUGGAAGGGGAGCCGGGGACAAAGAAUAUUUCCCCAGGAGGCACCGCUAAGCAGGUGGUCCCUCAGUCACAAGGACGCUUCUCCGGCAAGCUGGCCAUCAGUCAUCUUCAGAAAGCGGGUUGAGAACUCCCAACUCAACAGCUGGUCCUUGCGGGAGUGCCCUGUUCCUCCACUCUGUGCCUGGACGAGACCGAGGGUCACAAGUGUUGAAGUAUGAGUGUCUUCUAUUUAUUUUGAGUCGGCGUGUUCUCGCCUUGGGGAGCGUGGCUGUGACUGGUUCGAUCUGAAAGACACAGGAGACGUUAGAAUGUAGUCACCAAACCCAACUGCUGCUUAGCAUCUUGUCCAUGGCUAGAGAAGCCUGCUCAUCCGAGAGGUGCUUGCUGUCCUCUGUACCUACCGGUACAAGCACGGAGGACAGUGACUGGUUUGACAGGCUCUUGCUGUUUGACUUGAACCGUCUUUAUUCUCAGUCCUCGAGGCUCUAUAGUAGAACUUGUUCCGUUUAAGUAUCAGCUUUACAAGUGUCUCAUAACUACAUGCAAGCAAUUUCAUCUCAUCGCCAUAGCAACCCUCAUGGAAACCUCGAUGAUGCUCACUUCACAGCCCAGGAAGCUGAGUGACGAAGGAACUUGCCUACAGAAUAACGACCCUCAGAUUUCCGUUCUUCAGCCACUGUUCUUUCAGGAUACAAUUCGUAGCUAAGAAAUUAAUCUUUAAAAAGUGUUUAGUAGGUAGCGUUGCGCCUCACACACCACGGCACGUGCACUGUGGGGCCCUUGAGCAGAGAGAUGUAAACCAGCGUGCCGGCAGGAUAUGCUUAUGCCAGUUCCAUACUCAAAGCAAUGCUCGUUACCACGGAGUCUGGAAAGUCACUCUCGGGUUCCUUGUCUAGCAUUAUACCUAUCCCUGAUUUGUUAUCUUUGCCAUACAGUCUCACGUUCGCCAUGAAGUGUCUACUAUUGCUUAGUAGUUCUUUUUAUUUUUCUAUUUAAAUAGUCUCAAGGGUUGGGGAAAAGGCUCAGUUGGUAAAAUUCCUCACAGGUAUGACACCCUGAGUUUGAUCGCCAGAACCUACAUUAAAACAAAACAAAACAAGACAAAAACAGUUGGGUUUGUCGGUGCCUGUUUUCGCUCCCAGCGCUGGGGCGGCAGAGACAGGCGGCUCCCUAGCUCUCCCUGGCCAGCCAGACUCGCCUGCUCGGUAAGCUCCAGGUUCACCAGAACUGACGCCUCAGAAAUGACGUGGACAGAGCCUGAGAAGUGAUGCCUCAUACACAAAUGCACACACACAUGGACUUACACAGCACACAGUAAAACACCUACGUGCACCCACACACACAUAGUCCAAAUACAUAACAAAAGGGAACUGACUUCGAAUGGUCCCAAAGACAAAAUAACCAAACCAAACCUAAUUUAACUCUAUUCUAUCACCCCAAUCCUGUUAUUCCCUUCCUGGAAACAACUGCUAUCGUUUUUUUGCACAUAUACAUUCCCAAAGACAGCUAAUAGGCAGAGCUAUAUGUUACCAUAUCUAUAUCUAUUUAUAUUUAAUUCCUAAGUGGUGGCUCUUUGUUCAUUUCCUGCGCACUUCGCCCUUUUUAUUUAACGUACUGAUCCCUAUGCAGCUGCCGGAACUGACUGAAAGAUCCAAGAAGGGAACUAACCGCCUCCUGUCUAGGUUUUCUUUCCCACCCCUCUGGGUGCCUCCCACACCGUCCAGGCCAGGCACCGCCUGCCGUCUGUAUCUGUGUUUCUAAACACCGCUUACCUCCUCGACGCCGGAGUCUGCGUCUGCCUUAUUUUCCUGUCUGCUCAACGGGAGCAUUAGUCCCCAGAGUGUGCUGAGUCAGCCCGGUAUUCAGGGGAAGUCUUCUCUGUAACUCCGCGACAGAAGCAGAGCUGGAGCAGUGUCGUAGUUGUUUUUCCCUCUACCUCUCAGACACCGCUUCCCCACUUGCUUAUUAUAGGCUCCCUGGACAUUUCAGCGUGGCUCCUUGAAUGCUGGCUGCCCUGGACCUGUAAGACGGUCUAUUUAUUCACUUUAUUUGAAAUCUUAAUACUGUCUCACAGUGUUGGAUUGGCAAGGCACUUUAUUUUAUUUUGCAUCUGACUGUCAUUUGUAUUGCAUUAAUUUAAUAAAUGUUAUUAUUUAUUAGGCA